CACAAUGAUGGCCGCCCCUUCGUGGCUGUACGAGAAGAGGCAUUUAAAAAAGCCACGAUUGGGACCUCCAGACGUUUAUCCGCAGGAUCCGAAACAAAAAGAGGAUGAGCUCACCGCUAUAAACGUGAAACAGGGGUUUAUUACAAAUCCCCAAAUCAACGACGAGUAUGGUUCCGCCAGAAAUGCCAACAUCACAUCCGCAAAAUUCGGCGCCUUCUUCAGUGCCAUCCUUUCUAAAAAACAAGAACUUAAUACGAUCCAAGAUUCGGCUCGAAAGAAACAGCAAGUCAAUGCCAAAGAGCACUUUUGGCCAGUUACAGCAAGGUCCAAGAACGCAAUUGAGGCUUGGUUCCGUGAUCUUGCUGGCUCUAAACCACUUACCAGCCUGGCAAAGAAGGUUCCCAUAUUCAACAAAAAGGAAGAAAUAUUCUUGACGCUGUUUGAGUUCUCUGUGCCUAUGCUUCGAGCUGCUUGGUUUAUCAAAAUGACUUCAGUUUAUCACGUUGCCAUUUCCGAAGCAAAAAUGAAGAAGAGGCAACUUCCAGACCCGUGCCAAGAGUGGACAGCGUCUUUGUGCAAGUUUCUACGUGAGCUGCUGCACAAGCUGGUAGAACACAGCCACCCUACAGGCCCACCGCCACCUCCUCAAGGAGCGGGCGGAACCACACCAGGUGGCCCCGGUGGUGGAGGUGGGGCAAGUCCUGGUCCCCCUGUGGCUACACCUGCUGCUCCCAGCAUUCCUCCUGAUACCACCAUAGCCAAGCAGUGGCACUACUGCACCAACCUGGCCUCACACCUCUACGAGGAAGGGCUACUGGACCAUCAGGACUUUCUCAGCUGGAUUCUGGAGCUGGUUGAGAAGACCAAGACUCCAGAUGACCCCAUCUUGAAGCUUGUCAUGCCACUCACAUUACAGUAUGUCGGUGAGUUCUCUCGCUCUGAGCUGCUGUCACGGCGGCUGGCUCAUCACUGUUCCAAAAAGCUAAGUCAGCUGGUUGCUGACUACACAGUCAGCUCUUCGAGGAGCCAGAGUCCAGUGACGACUGUCAACUCAGUCACAACGAAUGGCGGGAACACAGUGUCUCCAGUGCCAAAUCCUCCCUCCAUCAGUCCUCUGGCAGCAAGCUUUGCGGAAUGCCUCAGCUGUCCUCAUCACCGUUCUAUUGUUCUUCAGUUAUCAGUAGUUCUGCAGUACAUCACACUGAAGUGCCCUACUGCUCUUGUGUGGAACAGCAUUGGUGAAGGCAAGGCGAAUCCCAUUCUGAAUGGCAGUCCCUUGGACUUGCUUCCGUGCCCGCCAUCGUGUCUGCCGAUGCCACCAAAGUCUCUUGGCGUCCAGUCUCCCUUCAAGGUUGCAGAUCAACAGCAAGUGCGGCAAGAGCUGCGCCGAGUGGAGCAGCAGGUGAUUCAGCGGGGGCGGGCAGCCGAGAUGCACUGGUCCUGCGACAAGUGGCAGCAAAUGGCCGCAGGCACAACCAUUACACGGGUGCUGGGAGUCCUAGAUGCCUUGGACAGGCAUAGCUUUGACCGAGUGGAUGCCACCAACUCCCUGGACACGCUCUACUCCAAAGUGUUUGCCAAAAGUGGUGACCAGCCCCAACCCGCGGCCUCUACACCUGGUGCAAGUCCUGGCCAUGGGGUGGUGACAGGAGGGGCUGGGGGCAAUGCAGAGGUGUUGGGGCCACAGCUGUCAACACCUCCUUCGCAGGACGAGCCCAUUGUGCGACUUUUGUGCGAGUGGGCCGUCACAACCAAGCGCAGUGGCGAGCACAGGGCCCUUGUCGUUGCACGCCUGCUUGAGAAGCGUCAGAAUGAGCUUAACAUAGAGAAGUACAAUGACGCCGACCUGGUGGACGAAAAGGAUUCUCAGGACUCUGGGAUGGCACCCACCGGUUUACCCAUAUUCCAGAGCCUGCUCGUCAAUUUCCUUGACAUGGAAGCCCCUGUCCUUGAUGACAAGCCAUCUCCUGAGAACCGGACAGCCUUUGCCAACCUUGUGCUGCUGUUUGCCGAGCUGAUCCACUGUGAUGUGUUCUCCCACGAUGCCUACAUGUGCACCCUGAUCUCGCGGGGUUACUUUGCCAGUUACCCACCAGGGGGUGCCGGUCUGCCGAGUGUCAUGGGAACGGGAGCAGGCAGCGUUGGUGGUGCCCCGCGUGCUCCAUCACCUGAACCGUCACUCACAGGUUUCCUUGAUCCCAACCUGGGCCCCUCACCUAGCCAUGGGAGUGCCAGCAACCCUGGAAACACUGGUGGCAUGUCCAUGGGUCUAGGAUUGGGUGAAUUGGGCAUUGGGAAUCUUGGGGAGCCUUCUCGUCAGGCUGACUCGCUGCAUAUGUUCGAGCCGGGUGCAGUGAAACAUGAGGUUGGCUGGGGUGUUCAGAUGGACAUGGAUGAUGCGGGACUGGAUGCUGACCUGGAUAACAUCUUGCAACGCAUCAAAGAAGGCCAGCAGAACAUGAGUGACCAACCUGAUUCCGUAGGCUCGGACAAGGAAGAAGGGGGCUCCCUCCAAGGCCCUACCACACCCAUGGCCGAGACUCCAGCGGGUGGGGGUGCAGGUUCCCAGCCAGGUGGUGGGGCCUCGGGUGUCAGUGGGACUCCAGGGAGUGGUGUACGGAGUCCCAACUGGCCCCUGCGGCACCUGCAGUACACCACACACUUCCCUCUGCCUCAGGAGGAAGGGGGUCUCUGGUCUCAUGACUGCAACCAACGGCACAUUCUGCUCUACGGUGUGGGAAAGAUUCGUGACGAGGCACGGCAUGCACUCAAGAAGGUCACCAAGGAAAUACAGAAGCUGUUUGCCAAGAAGGCAUCGAUGGACAUCGCUGACGGGGGAAAGGUCAAACGGCAUGCUCGUGAGGGUUUCAACUUUGAGGCAGUCACGGCAAGAUUCCAGUCCCUUUCGUAUUUUGACCAACAUGUGGUUGCCCAGACAUGUGCUGCAUCAGUGGUGGAGAUGUUGGCUGGCUUUGCUGCAGGAUCCUCGAAUCACCUGCCUCUUGUUGACUACAUUGCCUUUCUCUUUGACCUUAUGGAGCUGUCCUUCAACAUUCAUGGCUUGAUCAAGUUUGGCCUUCAGUUGCUGAAAGAGCUCGUUGAAGUUGAGAACCAGCUUGCACAGAAGGGUUCUACUCUUAGUGGAUCAUAUGCAACAUCUCUAGGCUUGUACAUUGUAGGCCUGUUUUAUAGGUACCAUUGCUGCCUGCUUGUAUGCCAAGAUUAUACUUUACAAGCUUGUGAAAGUUUGUGCAAGCUAGUGAAGAAUGUUGCCAACCCUGCGGAAUGCAGUUCUGCAGAACGCUGCAUACUGUGCUACCUGCAUGACCUGUACUCUUCAUGCUCCUACCUCAAGUCCAAACAUUCCGAAAUUUUUGGCUCUUUCUAUUCAAAAGUCAAGCAAACACUGUAUGCGUCUCAAACACCAUCAUCUCUCAACCUUCGUUGGGACAGUUCGUACAUGAUUGAAUGUGUAAAUAACCCCAGGGUUAGGGUUGAUCCCCAACAAAUCAAACAGCUCAGUGAAAAUUCUGCAUUUAGGUACAGCUUUGUUUGCAAUGCUGUUCAGAGCAUCUCUGUGGCACAAGAUGCAGACAGGCUGAAUGACAUCUCUCUCCUGUGUGCUGAACUUACUGCCAGUUGUGGUCUGCUUAGUGCUGAAUGGCUGGGUGUCCUCAAAGCUCUUUGCUGUUCAUCUAAUCAUACGUGUGGCUUCAUUGACGUCCUGACUCAAGUUGAUGUGGGAGACCUGUCCAUCCACGACAACCUGGCAGUCUUCACGUGCAUCCUGGUAGCGAGGCGCUGCUUCUCCCUCCAGGAUUUUGUAGUGCAUGUGGCCAUACCGUCGCUGCUAUCUGCUAGCCCUGUGGGUGGAGACGCUGACCAGGAUGCCGAGUUGGGUGCUCGGUUGACGUGCCACCUACUGCUGCGGCUCUUCCGCACAGUAGACUCCACGCCACCUGCCGGGAGUGCCACGCCUCUUCCAAGGCCUCUCUUUCUCAUCCGAUCUCCGUGCGAUCGUCAUCUUCUGUCGGCCGCUCACAGCAGCAUGCGUGUUGAGCCAGUCCUUGCGGUCCUCAAGGCUAUCUUGCUGCUCGGUGAUGCUAGCACGCCGGCCUUGGAGGCCAAAGCAAAGCUGGACUCAACUCAGGGCAAAGGGGAGCCCAGCAUCAAUGACCUCCUUGGCCCAAUAGAUGACACAGACUUUGACCUCAGUGUGCCUGCCACUUUGGGCAGGCAUCCAAGCAGCGUGGGUGCCCCACGCGGAACAGGCAUAGACAGUGCUGGCCUGAAUGAAUUUGCCAAGUAUGCUUUGGGUGCAAUCUGCAGCCAACAGUGGAUUCAUGAACGCUGCCUUAGAGAUCCCGAUGUGCUCUGUUCGCCGGAUCUGCUGCUGGAUCCAAUGCUGUCACACAAACAGGCGGAGACAUUGUUGCACAUGAUCUGCCACCCUAAGAGCAGCAGCAGUGGCAACAUGAAUUCGUGGCUUUCCCCUGGCACCAGUAACAAUGGCAUUGACACAUUUGGUUCCAUAGUGGCGAACAGCGCUGGCGGAAGUAGCAGCAGCAGCUCGGGAAAUGGUGCCAAUGGUGGCUCGGCAGGCGGUGGCUCAAGUCCCCACGAAAGAGAGCCAUGCGACCAGCGACAGUUGGUAAGUCGGGUGUUGCUGGGCCUGGACCAAUGGAGCAUGCGGGUGUCGUGGCUGGAGCUGCAGUUACGCUACAAGCAGUGUGCCAACCCUGCUGAGGUCAACGGAUGGCUGGACAGCGUAGCCCGGGCCACCAUUGAUGUCUUUCAGCUCACUAGUGAGGAGUCCCCGCUGCCUCUGUCAUCAUCCCAUCGGUCCUCAGGGGGAGAUCCAGCAUCACCAGUGCCAUUUUCUAGGCCCAGUGGUAAUGGGGGCAGCACCUAUGGAAGGCAAGAAAACGACCGCAUCUGGUUUGUGGCUCCGCUAAUAGCAAAGCUGCCUGCUGCAGUUCAGGGAAAGGUCUUGAGGGCCGCAGGACAAGUUUUGGAGAGUGGCAGCUGGGCUUUCAUCACAUCCUCGUCUUCUUCUAAAAGCAAGGACAAGGACAAGCAGGUGCAGAGAAGUGCGUCCCUACUGAGUCACCAGCCAUUCCUGUCACUGGUGCUCAUGUGCCUCAAGGGCCAGGAUGAACAGCGGGAAGGCCUGCUCAACUCUCUCCACUCGCAGCUCUCGCAGUGUGUCCACAUCUCCAAGGAUGAGAAGCCUAUAGCAGAGGACUUGAAGAGUCGGCUGCUACUGCACGAGGCACUGUUGCUGAGGCUAAGCCUUGUGGGGGGCAUGUUCGACAUGAUUCAGCGCAACACAAGCCUCACCACCGACUGGGCCCUGCUGCUUGUGCAGCUUAUCAGCCAUGGGGUCGUUGACCUGCACUGCAACUUUGAACUGUUCACCACUGUCCUUGACAUGUUGGCUGCACUCAUCCACACAACCCAGAAUGCUGACAGUGUGUCCGGAGAAGAAACUCGCAAGCAGUAUCUCAACCUAGUGAAAAAGAUGAAGAAAGAGGUGUCAGACACGGACACGGAAUCAAUGAAAAUGGUGCACCAGUUGUUGCCUCUCACCAAGCAGCAGUGUGAGGUGAUCGCCUGUGAGCCGAUGGGCAGCCUCAUUGAUACCAAGGGGAACAAGAUUGCUGGUUUUGACUCAAUAGACAAGAAGCAGGGUCUUCAAGUGGCUGAAAAACAGUGUGUGAGUCCUUGGGACUUGCUCGAAGGUCAGCGAAACCCAGCCCCACUUUCGUGGAUGUGGUUUGGGGCAGUACGCAUGGAGCGCAAGCCUCGUCUGGAGGAGAUGCCCCGGGGCAGUCUUCUGUGGCACACACACUCGGCCCUUGCCAAGCCAGCUUCUUAUUUCCUGGAACCACCGCCCCUGCCUCCCGAGGAGCUUUUGGAGCCACCCCCCUCCCAUCACCUUGUGCCUCACCUGGCUCCACCUCACAUGGGCCAACCCCCUGACAAGCAUCUGCAGAUGCAGCUGCUGGAAGACUCCAAGCGAGCACUGCAUGAGAUACACAGUGCACCCUCACCACGUGGAGGUGCCAAGAAGCCCAAGGCCCAGAGGCGGCCUCGCAAGGCCAAGGGCCUUGCAGGGCAGGCCCCACCGGUCCGUGGCUCCCUGGCCUACCCCCCUGAGCAGCAGCCCAUGUACCCCCAGGGACCACCUCCACCUCCACAGCAGUGGUACGGACAGCAGCCACCACCCAUGCAGCAGCCAUCGUACUACGCACCCCAGCAGCCCUUGCCCCCAGGACCCCGCUUCGAGCGCCAGCUUUCUCAGUCCAAGGCUGCCCUCAGCUCCAUGCUGCGAGCUCGUCACCCUUCAGCACAGUUUCUUGGUGGGCCGCCCCAAGGAGCUCCCCAGGGUCCACAGGGGGCACCUCAAGCCGCCAUGCAAGGUCCGGUUGGUGGACCAGGAAGCACUGGUGCACCACCAUAUGCCCCACCAAACAUGGACAUGCUGCAGAAGCAGCAGCAGCAGCGCCACCAAAUGAUGAUGCGCCAGCAACAGAUGCGCCCCCAGGGCAUGGCCCCUCAACAAGUGGGCCAACAAGGCAUGUUCCACCCUGGCAUGCAGCAGGGAGCACAGGCUCAAGCAGCUGGCAUGCACCACCUGCCUCCACCAGGGGGCAUGAGCCAAAACUAUGGUGGGGGAUAUGGGGGUGGCGGGCCGCCUCCGCAAGCCCUGAUGGAACGCCGAGCAGCAGCUGGCGUGGCUGGUGCCCCACCGGGCCCUGGUGGUGGCAUGAUGGGCCCAGCCCCGCCAGGCUUUGGCCAGGGCUACAACCCAGGGGGGGCAGGGAACACCAUGGGAGGACCCCCUCAACAGUCUGGCAACAUGGGCAUGAUGAGUGCGGCCGCAGCAGGCAUGCAGAACCCCGGGCCGCAACAGUACCUGGCUAACAGGCCACAGUAUGCCCUCGGUCAAGGAGGAGCCGGCGGUGGAGGGGGCCACCCUGGCAACCCCAUGGUGGGUUCAACAGGGGCUGGCCACCUCGGGGGCCCCGGUGGAGGUGGCCCCCAGGGUGGGGCCGGGGCGCCCCCGGGGGGCCCGAUCCCGGGUGGGGGUGGCUACGGUGGGGGCGCGCCUGGUGCGACCUCAGCUAAUGCGGCUGGCUUGAUGGCCAGCUCCAUGCACCACCAGCAGUUCAUGGCCCUCAAGCAGCAGCAGCAACACCAGCCUCCGCCACCGCACCAGCAGCAACAGCAGCACCAGCAGACCGCAGCGCUAGUGGCCCAGCUGCAGCGGCAGCUCUCGGGCAGCGGCCAGGUGCCACCCCAGCAGCAGCAACAACCGCAGGGACCGCCGCAGCAGCAUUCGGCAUACCAGCACCCGGGUCCCUACUGAAGGCUCCCACCAUUGCACAUGGCAGCUCUCGUGCCAGCAAGGUUUAUGACAGAUAUAAUGCAGCAGCAAUUCAAAUCCCUCGUGACAGUAGCCAGAAUGUGAGCUACGAUUAAGGUAACACAUUGGCAGAAUCUGCCCAACAACAUGCAGAACCACACUGAGCUGCAGUUCUGGCUGCUAUUCAAAUGAUAGCCACAAUUGUAACUUUUUUUUACAGCAGUGACAUCCUGUUAAUGGCCUUAGUAAAAGGGUUAUAUGAAGCAAAUGCAAACAAGCACAAUCAUGAACUUUUAAGGGCUUUGAAAUGUUAUCUUGUGGGAUUUCAAGGCAUGACGUGCAUCAGUGUACUGGUGCUCCAGUUGCACAUAGCUACAGGUCAACCCCCUCCAUACAAUUCCUGCCAGUUGUGUGCCAGUACACUUAUGGGGAGGAGGUGCAAGGUGUGUCAGUGAUCCCCUUCUAAAGUUUAUUUUUACCACUUAGUGACACUAGAGUGAUUGAACUCGACAGAGUUGCACAGUUUUACUUUUCUGAGAAACACGUCAGAGCAACACUGACAGUUAAAGGCAUCAGCCAGUCGAAAUCAAGCUUGGUGGUUCUACCACAUUGUGCACAGAUGAAAAGUGCCUGUCUACUGACUGUGUGGCUGUGUCACCCAUAACGGCUGUACUAACCCCACACUCGCAGCCUCUGUAUGAACACUCAGGGUCCCUAUUAAGACCCUCCCCAUCCCCACAGGCUGUUUCUCUGGCUAGAGCCUUUUCCUUACAGCUAGGCAAAGCCACAACUGUGCUUGUCGCCGCGAACUCAGUUACGUCACUAUACUUUCUAUACCAGCGUCUUGUAUUUGUGGUGAACAAUUCUGUAGUCUGCCUUCCUGCCACCUGUAAGGUAGCAGGAAGGCAGACUACUCUGUUUUACUCGCUUUACGUUGUUUUAGUAGCACAGCCGAACGACGCAAUAGCUAGGAAGAUUUUGGUGGAAGGCUGACACAUGAGCUAGUUGGUAUUAUUUCGUACCAGAUUGGCCAGUGCACUCACACAAAUAUGGUAAACAAGGUAAACACAGCACUGAACUUCCGUGCUGUUUCUGUGGUCCUUCUUUACCUUGUCUGUGUGUUGGUGUGCUGCCAUUCUAGCAUGAAGAACUUAGUGUCACUGUAAAAAUUGUGUUAUUGUUGAUAUGAGGGAUUUGUUGUGAACAGCUUUGUGCUACUUGGGGGAUUCUGUAUUCAUAUUAUUUUGCAGUCAGCAUGAAAGAAAUGACCUAACAGUCAUAUUUAUUAGGCAGCAUACGAACACACUAGAAAAUAAAUGUGUAUAAUAUGUAAUGUAUGGCUAUUAAGAGGACACUUUAAAAUUAAAAGGAAAAAAAAAACAAGUGCAACGUAAGCUUAGACUGGUGGAGUAGUCUUCUGAAACUCUUGAUGUGCAUGUAGAGGAAAGAGGGCAACUUUUAUUGGCAAAAAAAAGGGUAACACUCGCCCUUUUUUGAAUUUUAUACCUGAAGAAGCGGUAAUAGUAAACUAUGAAAAGAAGAAAAAGGAAAAGAACCUUGGACAAAGAGGGAGGGCCACAUACACUGUAGCCAUCUCACGUCUGAGGAGGCACUUGAAUUGUCCCAGAAUUGUCACGUAGCCAUGAGAUAAAUAAGGGAGGGAGAAUUUACAAGAUAAAUGUAAAGAAAAUAGGAGGACACAAGUACAAAGGGAGCAUGUUAGUAAGUACCAAAGGCAAAGGAGCAUACAACUCUCCCUAUGUCCAUGACACACACAUGCACACCACACGGAGCUAUUUGCACAAGUACUACAUGUGCAUCUGCAGUGCACAACAGGCACUGUGUGCUGUCGUUCAGCCACAUACUGUCACGUAUAGGCUUGUGCGAAUAUUCGAGCACAUCCAAUAUUCGAACGAAUAUUGCAGUAUUCAAAUUCGCUUCGAUUCGACUUUAAAUUAUUGGAAAUUUCGAAGUAGUCGAAACGAACGAAUAGGUUUAUAUUAGUCCGCAUGUAACCCCCCUGUAACGGUGCUUUCACUGCAGUAGAGGAGUGCUAUACCGUGAAUGCACCUUUUCAGCGAAAAUCCGCAAUGCCGCGAAGCCCCUUUUCAAGGUUAAAUGAACAUAUUACCCUCACAUUAAUUCAUCAUUUUUUAAGUUUAAAAGGUUCUUAUACUGGCUUAUAUGCUCCAAGUAUAGUAAAUUUUAAAAUGUAACAUAUUUUACAGGUUAUCACUUGCAUUCUAUUGAAAGCCAAAUCCUGCUACUAUUCAAGGUUGCUUCCACUUCUUUUGAAUCAGGAAGAAUGACAUUUGCACAUAGCUUGUUACAAUUUAAAAAAAGCACUGUGCAGGUUGGUUGGGUCAUGAGAAAUAUGCUCAUUUUUCUUUAUAAUAUGUGAUAUAAACUAUUCUAUUAGAAUUCAAAUAGAAAUUAUUUGACCAAAAUCAAUAUUCACUUCGAACCUAAAAUUUCCUAUUCGCACGAGCCUAGUCACGUACAAUGUCAUACCUGUCUAUCAGAAUACGUAUUCGAUAUUUGAAAAGUAAGACUUAAUAACUUGAACAGCAUAUUUGAAAAUAGCCAGCAAUAAGCAGCAGAAUGUGUUGUUAGAUUUUGUUGAUGUAGCUGCUUGCUUUUAUUGGUUACACGCAUCUUCAUUGUGUUUUCGUGCUUUUCAAGCAUGCUUUGCAUGAUGGAUGACUUUCUCAAAAAGCUUUUAGGAAAUCUUGCCAAAAGACCAAUCACUAGCACUGAUUCCAAUGCACCCUUGAAAUAGCAGUGAUAGGUUUUGGUUGCUGUAAUAUUUUACAGGGAUACUUAGUUCUCUAAAUUUAUUCUUCAGUGAAACAUGCGUAAAGAUUUGAAUGUGGGAAAGAAUUAUGAAUGUGGAAAUAUCUAACUCUGUCUUGGGGAAGGGUCAGAGGGACACCAAAAAGAAAAGCAAUUUUUCUCAUGUUAGUAAAUUCCCCUUUUCACAAUACCAAAAGCACCACUCUUUCCACGAGUAGGUUCUUGGUCAGUGAGAAAGCAUGCAAAGAGAAAAUGCGGGUGGUAAAGCCACAUAGAAGUUCCCGCAUCAACUUGCUCUGACAUCAUGGAUUUUGAUGGCGUCUACUAGGGCCUACAUAGUUUCUCGAAGGGGGCCAGAUAUUUGUCAUACCAAGUUUCAGUAACUUUUGUUCAAGUUCAAGAAUGCAAUUAGUAAUUUGGCUGAAUCAAGCAUGAAGGUAUCCAGAGCAGGCAUUCACCAUGUGGACCAAUAUAGGAGGAAAUGCUGAUUUGCAUAUAAAAUUGACUUUUGUUACCUCUCUGGGAUCAAUAAGAUACUGUACAACUCACUCUUUGACGUGGAAGUGAUGGAACAUGUGUGCAAAAAUGAGGGUCAAGCUUAAAAUAAGUGGUAAACUAGAGUGCCAGGUAUACAUGACUCUUCCAGACAAGUUUUUAGCUUGUCUGUAUUCACAUAUUUGCCACUUCAUGCAGCAGUGCGUAGUAGCCCAUCUGAAUGCAGUAUUUCCUUUUCGUGUUGAGAAUAAAAAUAUGUCUAUAUGAUAAAUAAUAAUCGUAUGCAUGUUCUGUAGUCAUUCAAGAGGAAAAUGUGUCAAUGCAAUGCAGUGGAAGUCAGGUGCCACCUGUGAUCAUUAAUCAGAAGCAGUUUAACUGGAAUAGUCAUGUGUAUCUGAUGCUCUUAUUGACAUUAUUGACAGGGAAUUUGGUAUGUCUUCCAUAAUCAUUGCUUGAAUAGCAACUAGGUGUUUUUUUACCCGAUAUUAGAUGCCCGUAUAAUUUGAGCACUAAAGAUUGCACUCGUUUGAAGUGUUUUCAAAGUGUAUGCAAAUGAGUGAAGGAUUGAGGGCUUGUGAGGAGCUGAAAUGAGGAAAGCUAAAAAAGAAACAUUUCUCUGAUGUUGACUUGAUUGAUGAAUUUCCUUACAUGCGAUUGCAUACAGCAGUUGUUGCCAAGUGAACACACGUAUCGGCACUCUACAGCCACUGGUUGAAGCACAUAAAUAAUUUUAAGUGGCUGCAUAUCUGAUGCCAUUAGGCUCCACAGUACUGAUGUGAUCCUGCCAAAAUUAUCUGCCUUUCUUUUGAUGAAAGAAAAAGUGUGUUGACUGGGGACUAUUACCUCCUCCACUGCCAAGCAGGGCUUUUUAUUUGUGGCUGAUUGAACAGAAAUCCUUCUCAGAGCUGUGAUGAAUCUUCACUUGUUUUUUUAAUCAUUACACAUGCAUCAUUGUAGAAUCAUAAGUAAGUAGUUAUAUCCCUGUUCUUGGCAAUCUGUGCUGUGUGCGAGAAAAAAGAAAAGCUUUUAAAGCUUUUUUUUUUCUUGGAAUGCCAUAACUAUUUAUCACAUCAAAAGGGAAGAUGUCCAUAUUUCGAUCAUUAGGCUCAUCUGUAAAUGAAGUGUGAAAGUUGUAAUGCAUUCUGAAAAAUGAACAGCUUAAAAUAAAAGCUGAGCACAAAAAAUGCUAUCAGCAUGCUGAUUUGUGUGAACAGCUGUUUAUUUGUGCAGCCUCUUGUGUCGUGCCCCCUUCCCCCUGUUUUCUGUUGUAAAUCUAUUUUCCAGCUUUUUUUGUUGGGGAAGUUUAUUUAUGAGGCUGGCCAUCCAUUUCCAACGAAAUUACUGCGGUUUGCACGUCACAUAUUUAUUUGAAAGACUGGACCAGUUGAACUGCUUUUUUUUUAUUUCUAUACUUUCUGUGCGCACAUUAGGCUGGUUAUUUUUUAUAGAGCAUCAAGGAUUGCUUUUAUUUUAUGCUGGUUUCUGCUUAUACUGUGGUUUUUCAGAAAGAUGUUUAAAUAUUGAAGUUUCAUCUGAUUAUGUCCCGGGUGCGAGUUUUCCACUGAGGAAUUUUUCUUUGACUUUCCGUGGGAGAGAUCGCCAGACAGUUUUUCAGGAAAUGGGAACACUGUGGGUAAUGUAAUUUGGUUACAUUGCCAUUGGGCUUAUCUGUUUUUCUAUGUACAUCGUCGUUUCUGUGUGCUUUUGCAGCUUUGUACAUGCAUCUGCACUUUAUGUAGUUUUUGCUUUCUUGUUGUUUUAUUAUUUUGACCUGUACUUCUGUGUAGAUAUAUACAUAUAUAUAUAUAUAUAUAUACAUACACAUAUAUGCUUUUCAUAUUUCACAUACCGUAUAUACUGGGUCUUUUACGCCUUGCAUUUUCUCCCAAUACAGCCACUAGGAGUUUUUAAAGUAUAGAUGAAACAGUUCCUGCACAUAAUUUUAACUUGUGCUGUGACUGAUACAUUUGCCUAUUUAUUUUUGUAGGUGUGACUUUUUGUAUGUCUCACUGCUGUGUGUGUUGUAUGAUGUGCUGUACAUGAGUGUUUGCUUAGAUGAACAUUUUAUUUGGAAAUGUUUAGUCCCGUUUUAAAAGGCUUCACUGUUAAAUUAUUUGUUGUAGCAAGAAAAUGUACAUAAUGUUGAAAAAAAAAUGUCUGUGAACAAUAAACUGGGAUGUGCAUAAAAAUCCAUGUCUGAAACCAUUGAAUAAAU